AUGUCCGACCCGCUGCUCCCCGGCCCCGCCGCCUACCGCCGCCCCGACCCCGACGACAUGGCCGAGACCGAGCUGAUGCUGCGCCAGAAGCUGGCCGAGAGCUCGUCCUGGAACCCGAUGGCGCCGCCGCCCGUCCCCGUCCCGGUCCCGGUCCCGGUCCCCGCCGAGGUUCCAGCCCCCGUGUCGGUGCCCGCGCCCGUGCCGCCGAUCUACGACCCCGCUGAGGUCCCGACCCUCGUCGAGGAGGAGGGGGGGGGCGAAGAGGCGGCGGCGGGGGCGGCGGGGGCAAAGAAGACGCCUGCGAAGAGUAGGACUAGGGCUGGUACGGGGGCGGGCAAGAGUACGCGGAGACGGAAGACGAGUAGUACGCCGAUUAAGGACGAGAGCGACAACCCCUCCUCGGAAGAAUUCACCAUGGAAGGCAUCAAGACCAAAUCCGGCCGCAAGGUGCACCGCCCCGCGCACUUCAACCCGGCCCAAAAGCAACCCUCCCGGCGGCGCGGGCCCUACCGUCGCAUCCACGACUCGCGCAUCUGCAAGAUCUGCCAGCGCGGCCACAGCCCGCAGAGCAACAUGAUCGUCUUCUGCGACGGCUGCAACACGCCCUUCCACCAGCUGUGCCACGACCCGCCCAUCGACGACCUCGUGAUCGCCGUCGCCGAGGCCGAGUGGUUCUGCAGCGCGUGCGCCAAGAAGCGCGAGGAGAAGCCGCUGGCCACGGGGCUCAGCGGCCAGAGCCUCACCGAGGACGAGAAGAGGACGUAUUUGGCGAGCUUGCCGCUGGGGAGCUUGGUGGAGCUGGUGUUCUUUGCGGAGCGCGCGCAUCCGGAGCUGCCGCUGUAUGAUCCGCAGACGAGGCGCAUUGUGGAGGGGAUUAAGAGCGCGAGUGUGGCGGCGGUGGCGAAGGAGGAUGGGGGGGUGGAGGUGGGGACUGCGGGGGGUGAGGCGGUGGCCGGGGAGGCGGCGGAAGGGGGGGGGGUGCCCAAUUGGGAGGAUAUGAUUGUGAGGGCGAUUCUGGCUAUCGGCGACGAGAAGGGCAGCCAGGCGAAAGCCAUCUUUGAAUGGCUCGGGAACAACUACCCCGCCAUCGAAGGCCGCGACAUCCGCUCGGAGGCCCAAGGCUCUCUGCAAUCCGCGCUGCGCAAGAACCGCCUCCUGCGCGAGGGCCACAGCUACAAGGUCAACCCGGCCUUCGUGUCCAAACCCACCCACACCAUGCUCGACAGCAUCCCGGUCAUUGCGCCCGGCUCGGGCAUCAAGCUGCCGCCCGAGACGGAGGACCUCUUGGUGGAUGAUGAUCUCGUCGCGUUCAGCCAUAAGUGGCGGCUGGGCGUGGCGAUGGAGGAUCAGGAUGCCGAGGGCGAGCUGGAUGCGGAUGCGGAUGCGGAUGCGGAUGCGGAUGCGGAGGGGGAGCAGGACGCGGAGGGGGUGGAGGAUGCGGAGGGGGUGGAGGAUGUCGUUUUGUAG